UCUCGAUCUUCUUCCUUUUCCACUGUCACGGCUACAGCCAACUACAGCCCCUACAGGCACUGUAGUUACAUGCUAUUAUAACGACUCGGGCGUUUUAUAAUACACAUGUGAUGAUGCCAUGAUUUAAUAAUGGCCUCGUCACAUCCAGGGCAUACAUGCAGCCGAUGUGGUAGGUGCUGUCACCUUACGUGGAUUCGUGUCUUGCUUUUAACAGCGGUCUAUUACGUGCAUAAAGUCACGAGUCAUCACGUUCAGCCAGCUGACUGAGAUUGAGGUCCCUACCUAUGGUCCCUGCGUUCGGGAUCAUAAGGCCCUGGAUCUAGAGACCCGAAAUUAGAGUUUUGAGUGUCGGCAGUCAGCUCGGACAACCCUCCGUAUUGCUCCGAACCAAGAGCCAUCCCGGUGCCCCGUUUAGACGGACCACGAGAACUUCCGCAGAGGUCAUGGUACCCCACGUCCCCGAAGGCUGCAGCGUCCAGCAGCAACUCGUAUGUUCGGUGAUCCCGCCUCUCAACUCUGAGCGCCGCAAGGGCCAAGCCGGCCGCGUCGGCAUCGUCGGAGGUUCCGCCGAAUACACCGGGGCACCGUACUUCGCGGCCAUGGCCGCGCUACGCACCGGCGCCGACUUGGUACACGUCUUCUGCCAUCCCAGUGCGGCCACGGCCAUCAAAGCUUACAGUCCCGAGUUGAUUGUGCACCCGACGCUAGACGCCGCAGUGACGUGCCUCCCGCGUCUCCACGCGGUCGUCGUGGGGCCCGGUUUGGGCCGCGACGUGGAGGCAAGCUGGAUGCCGACUCUCUUCAACCGAAUCCGGGAGCAAGGCCUUCCCGUGGUCGUGGACGCGGACGGCCUGCUCUACGUCACCCAAAACCCAGAUUUAAUACGCGGUUACUCCAGAGCGAUCCUAACUCCGAACGCGGUAGAGUUGGACCGUCUCUAUCGGGCAGUCUUGGGCAGCCCGCCACGCGAGAACGCCGUGCCCGAGCUCGCGCGUGCCUUGGGGCACGUCACUGUCUUGGCUAAGGGUUCGGAGGACAUUAUCUCGGACGGACAUCGCUUGCUCCGUUGCACAGAGCAAGGCAGCCCGCGUCGGUGCGGAGGACAAGGGGAUCUCGUGAGCGGUUCACUGGCUCUGUUCGCCUUCUGGAGCCACUCUGCGCACGAUACUCCUGGAGAGGCGAGCAAGCGGGAGAACUCCGAGUACGGGCCGGCUAUGAUUGCUGCGCUGGGAGCGGCCAUGUUGGUGCGUCGGUGUGGCCGGCUGGCCUUCCAGAAGAUGGCCAGGAGCACAUUAAGUUCAGAUAUGUUGGCCGAGGUGCGGACCGCAUUUAGCAUGCUGUUUCCCGUCGAUUGAUGGAAGGCACCGCAUCUUGUUCAACUUUUACGAGAUUGGACUGUUGAGUGCCGGUAAUUCUAGUCUUGCAGGUUUCUGUGGUUUAGGAACUGCUACAGACAGACCUCAUCAAUGACUAGAUAUAUGCAAGAGCCAGGCACGCAACAAAUGGAUGCCUUCUUCAUUUCUUUCCCCAUCUAUUUCCACUUGCGUGUUGAGGUGAAAAAUAAAAGCAUUUCUAUUGCAUUA